UCGUCAUGUGGUGGCGCUCAGUUGUAAAUUUGCAUAGAUCGAAAAAUCUGCUCGCGUUGACGGUGGCUGCAGCUGAUAGUGGUUCGAGUCGAAGUCCAAUUUCCCAGCAACCAGCCGCACCAAUGGGGUUAGAAGACACAGUGCAGAAAGCCAAGCGCGCGGCGGCUAUAUCAGCAGUUGACAACCAUAUUAGAUGUUGUACCGAACAGCAGGUCCUUGGGAUAGGAAGUGGUUCAACAAUUGUGUUUGCUGUGGACAGAUUAGCUGAACGCGUGAAAAAUGAAAAGCUCAAUGUUGUUUGCAUUCCAACAUCCUUCCAGGCAGAACAAGCCAUUGUCAGUGCUGGACUUCCACUAAGUAAACUAGACAUUCAUCCAGAGAUUGAUGUGGCAUUAGACGGUGCAGAUGAAGUGGACCAGGAUAUGAACUGUAUAAAAGGUGGAGGAGGCUGUUUGACUCAAGAGAAGAUUAUUGCCUCUUGUGCCAGAGAGUUUAUCAUCAUAGCUGAUUCCAGGAAAGAUUCCACGAAGUUAGGAGAGCGUUGGGACCGUGGCAUUCCCAUUGAAGUCAUUCCCAUGGCCUACCGUCCUCUCCAGAUGAAGAUAGAGCAGAGUUUUGGGGGCAAGGCAGCCCUGAGGAUGGCAGCAAGAAAAGCGGGCCCUGUUGUUACAGACAAUGGUAACUUUAUUCUGGACUGGAAGUUUGACAAUCUCACAGAAUCCUGGAAAGAGGUCAACACUACUAUUAACAUGAUGCCAGGAGUGGUGGAGACUGGCUUGUUCAUCAACAUGGCUCAGAAGGCUUACUUUGGCAGUAUGACAGAUGGCCAGGUUACAAGUCGUGGGCCCAGGAACAUGAAGAAGAGCUAACCCAGACUCGCCUGCCUGCCUCCUGACUGUUAUCCUGUACUGAAGCUCCAGGGCCCGUCAGCCCUGUUAAAUAAGCUGUGUUCAUAAUUAUCAUGGUCACCAGUACUAUAGCCAUUGAGGUACCAUGGCAGUCAUGAGCUUAUAAUGUCAGGAGAGCUUUGUGCAAGUUGACCUUGACAGCACAAAAACUACGGCUGUAUUGUCCUUAUCAUGACCAGAUUAUGUCAAAAUGUCACAAGUGUGGCAACACCAUUCUUUUGAGCAAUAGAAAAUCAUAGGCCUGUAUUCAGGAAUUUAUAUUUAUGUUUGGUGAUAUUUCUGUUUUAUUUAAACCUGGAAGUUAAGAGGGUGAUCUUGCAUAAAGGGUCCAAAGAUUCUAAAAACAUUUUAGUGGCUUGAAAUUAGUCAAAACAUUUCGGUUUUUAAUAUUUACAGUUUGUGCCUUCGGUAUAAAUGAAAUCCAUUCUUGUUCUGUCACAUCUUUGGGGCUGUCUAUUUUAUUUCAACUUCUUUAUUUCAUCUUAGUUGACGUUUGAAUGGGGAAUUGGGAAAUCCACUUUACUUCAUUUGCUUCAAAUUAUGUUGAGGUUUUUGAGAGAAAAUAAAGUUGAGGAUGAUGAUUAUGUGUGACAGUUCAUGUUUAUAUUAUGUCAUUUGCAUUGAGAGAAAGUGUAAAAGAGUGAAAUUUUUCAUUGUGCAAAACACACUCGGCAAGUUCAUCAUUAAUGUUACCUUAUGUGGUCUUUCAACAAAUGUAAUCAUGUUAAAGAAUCCCAGCAGUUGUUUCCAAGGAUUGGAUUUUGCCAUAUUUGAGAGUUCACAAUUUUUAGACCUUAUGAAAGUAGAAAUUUAGAAUUAAUGCCGAGCAAGGCAAGAAUCCUGCAUUAUAGGUAGUUAUUGAUAGUGCAUCAUUUUGUGUACACAUGAUUUUUAUGGGUUCAGUUAAGUUCUGUGAUCAUCAUAUUAGAUUUAAUGUCAUUUUGGUUAUAAAGCUGCUUUGUACAUAUUGCCACUUUUAAGAAAUCACUAGUCGGUUAUCUUUGUCAACAGUGUAACAGUUCACAUCAAAGGUAUAUUUUUAUUAAAGAUUUCGUCAUUUUGUUAUAUUUGUGGUUCAUUAAAUAUUUCUUGACAGAUGGUUGGAGGUGGGUUCAGUGAAACGGCUGAUGUAAGAAGAACGGCAAAAAUUUCCAUGCACUUUUAACCAUUAUUGUUUUUACUCAUUGAUGCUACUGUAAAGUUUGAUCAGUGUAUUUCCGUGAAAACGGUAUCCCUCAGUUAUUUAUUCUCAGAUUAUUGCUCCAUAUAAAGAGAAAAUCUUCUGUAUUCUAUAACUCACAUGAUGCCUGCAAUAACAAUGAGGUAGAAAUUUGUAAUGACGUAUGUAUUUUAUUUUAAACCUUUGCUAAUAUUAGUGAUACUAUUUUAGUGUUGGUUUUGUCCCCUUUUAUUAAAACUGUUUUUUCUUGUUCAACUAUUAAAGAGUAACUGGUUGAUAGCUAUGUACAUGUAUUCAUGUAUGUUACAGUUAAAUGUAAGCAGUAUUUUUUCUUUGGAGACUAAUUUGUGUGAACAAUUUUAAGGUCUUUGUGCUGAAAAAUUUGUGGACUGAACUGUAGGUUUUCUUUUAUUUUAUCAGUAUUAUAGGCUAGUUGCUGUCUCAUUGUCUCAUUUUCUCAUUUGACAUGAACCAUUUGCUUGUAAUUGGAAACAACUGAAAAUAAAUAUCACAGUUUAAAUACGGUUAAUGUGUUUAUUUCUAAUUGAGAUAAUAACAAGUUGAGGUAAUAACAGUUCCUCUACUUGAAUUCCAGAAUAUCUAUACUUCUUGAAAUCGACUUUAAUCGAUUUGUUACAUAUCUAAUUGUUAAAUGGCGCUAUGACGUGCAAACGAGGAUAUAUUUCUUCAUUGCCUCUAGCUAGUUUCUUGUGACCAGUCAUUCGGUCAUGUCCGUGUAUAAGCUAUACGUGUUUAGGUUCCCAUACGUUUCUGUUGCGUUUUAUUUCUGCAUCUCCUUGUUUAUUACUCCUUUCUGAAACACAUGGGGAAACGAGAGGUUUUACACUGUUAGCCCAUCAGAAACGACCAGUUGUUUUUUGUUUUAUAUUUUUCUUUUCCAUUAUAGUUCAUUGUUUUCAUGGGUCAAUAGGUGGAAAUUAUAGAGGCAUGAAAAAAUAUGAAGAAAUUGCCGGAAGUAGUUUCACGCAAGUACGACGUGUCAGUGCGCUUAACGAAAUAGACCAUAAGUUAUGGUUGAAUAUUAUCUUCCUUUCGGGAUGUUUUCUUCAUUGUUUUGAUGGGAUUUAUAUGUUAUGUUUAU